AUGAGUAGUUCAGGAAUGAAGGCUUGGAGUGUCGCAGCUAGUGUUGGAGUUGUGGAAGCUUUGAAAGACCAAGGUAUCUGCAGGUGGAAUCAUGCUUUAAGAUCAGUUCAACAGCAUGUGAAAAAUCGUGUUGGGUCAUUCUCUCAGGCAAAGAAGCUUUCUUCCUCCUCUUCUGCUAUGGUCUCCACAAGACUAAAAGAUGAAAAGGCUAAGCAAUCAGAAGAGUCCUUGAGGACGGUCAUGUACUUGAGUUGCUGGGGUCCAAACUAA